CUUCAUACACAUAACCUUACAUAAUUCGUAUUUUGUCCGUGUUUGAUUUUGCCUCAAAUAAAAUUUGCAGUGAAAAUGACAACAAACAAUAAACGAACCGUGUAUGUUGGUGGUUUAGCAGAGGAAGUUGAUGAAAAGAUCCUUAAUGCUGCAUUUAUUCCAUUCGGUGAUAUUGUUGAUGUACAAAUUCCAUUAGAUUAUGAAUCUGAGAAGCAUCGAGGUUUUGCUUUUAUUGAAUUUGAGAAUGCUGAAGAUGCUGCUGCCGCAAUUGAUAACACGAAUGAUUCGGAAUUGUUUGGUAGAACAAUAAGAGUAAAUCUAGCUAAACCACAAAGAAUUAAAGAAGGUUCAACAAGACCUGUGUGGUCUGAAGAUACUUGGCUACAGGAACAUGCUGGUGAAACUAUCAACAAGACUUUAUCUAAUGAUGUAACUGAAGGCACUUCCGAACAGGAACCAUCAUCUGAGGAAAGAGUAAAUGUAGCUGAGAAAGAAAAACAUAAAAAAGUUGUCAACCCACAAGUAUAUUUUGACAUAAAAAUAGGAAAACAGGAAGUGGGAAGGAUAACCAUGAUGUUGAGAGCUGAUAUUGUCCCAAGAACUGCAUUAAACUUUAAAUGUUUAUGUACUCAUGAAAAAGGCUAUGGUUUUCAAGGCAGUAUAUUUCAUAGAAUCAUUCCGGACUUUAUGUGUCAAGGUGGCGACUUUACAAAUCACAACGGCACCGGAGGAAAGUCAAUUUAUGGACGAAAGUUUGCUGACGAAAACUUUGAGUUGAAACACACAGGGCCAGGAACAUUAUCAAUGGCGAACUCCGGACCGAACACGAACGGAUCCCAGUUUUUCAUCUGUACAGCAAAAACCGAAUGGUUGGAUCACAAACACGUCGUUUUUGGUCAUGUAAUCAGUGGGAUGGAUGUGGUAAGAAGGAUGGAACGUUGUGGAAAUAAGUCGGGCACACCCAGUGAAAAAGUGGUAAUAUCUGCUUGUGGAGAAAUUCAAUAAAUAUUUUUUACUGCUCA